UCAUUCUCAAAAGAAACAACAACAACAACAAAGUAGCUUACAGACUGUAGUUCAGAAUGUUGGCAUGUUUAAGGCAAUCUUACCAAUGUACGUGUAGAUGCUGGCUUCAAUACAGUUCUCGUGGACUGUGUACAACAGACACAAAGUUUUUCGAGAAUCCUGCAACUGCUGUAUUUGAAAGAAAACACAAGAUUGGCCUGGUUGCUGUAGGAAAAUAUCCACUUUUGAAAAAGAAGCAUUAUUUACUUGAUAAAUUAAAGCAUCCUGGUGAUUACAAAUCCACCAUAAAAUGUAUUUUAACUAAAGAAAUCACAGAUAUAGGUUUGAAAGGAACAGUGGUGGAAGUACCUAAGAAGCUGUUUAGAAAUGAACUGUAUCCCUCAGGGGCCGCUGUGUAUGCGUCUCCGGAAAAUUUAAUCUUAUAUGAAGACUUAAGAAAGGUUU